AUGUCGUGCUGUCGAUUCUUGGGCUGUUCGAAAUGUUGUCGCAAGAACGAAGCGGUGGAUGAAGUGGUGGAUCUGGCAAGUAAGUGAAUGUCGUUAUUUCAUGAAAUUUUUUUAAAAUUUUUUAAAAAUUUUUGUUGAAUUUUGACCUUUCAGAAUCCUCUUUUGGUCGAGUUCUGAUUUUCGUCAACCCAGCAAGCGGUGCUGGUAUGGGUAGCAGAAUUUACUUGCAAACAAUACGACCUGAGCUACAAGCGAAGAAAAUGUCAUAUGAGACCAUAGUUACUGGUAAGAUAUAUAUACUGCCCUACCCUACCCUAUUGUACCUUACCUUACACUGCCCUACCCUACCAUGCCCUACCCUACUUUAUCCUAAAUAGAUUAUCCUGCCCUACCCUACCCUACCCUACCCUAUCCUACCCUGUUUUACUCUACCUUACCAUAGAAUACAGUAUUAAGCCCCGCUCUGAAUUACCAUACUCUUCUUGUGGCUACCGUACACUGUCCUAACGUAAAGUACCAUACCCUACCUUAGAAUUUUAUAUCUUAAUCUAGACUACCGUAUGCUAUUCUACGCAAAUGUACCCUACUCUAGACUACCGUACUCUGUCUUACUCUAAACUAUCAUAUCCUAUACUAGAGUACCAUAUUUUACUCUAGACUACUGUAUGAUAUCUUAGGGUACCGCACUAUACCCUACCCUAUUAUAACCCCACUUUUUUCUAAGUUUGUUUCACCAUAACUUAACCUACGACCCUACCCUUAAAAAUACAGUAUAUCAUUUAAAAACUAGCUUUUCAGAGCACCAGAACCACGCAGCAAAAGUCUUGUCAGAACGGAACGAUCUCCGUACCUUCGAUGCCAUAGUAAUAGCCUCAGGCGAUGGUCUAGUUUUCGAAGCCCUAAAUGCCAUUUUAUCUCGACAUGAUGCUGAAUCACUGCUAGAAUCCUUACCCUUAUAUAUCAUACCAUGUGGCAGUGGGAAUGGCCUAUUAGCUUCAGUCUGUCAUCAACGAAAAAUUCCGAUCGUACCGGCAAAAGAACUUCUGAAGGCAGCGACGGAAGCACUGACAUAUAAGUAUGCCAUUUCGUUACCUGUCACUUUGAUGCACUGUAGGACGAGUAAUAAACAGUUUGGAGCGUCCUUGUCUGUUGGCUGGGGAUUGAUGGCCGACAUUGGUGAGUUGAGAAUUUUUACAAAGUUUAGGCUUGUAAAAUUUGUUUUAGACUUGAGCGUAUUGAACUGAGAGUUUUUAGGCUUUGAGUUUAAAAGUGUCAAGCUCAAAUGCCUCAGGCUUAGAAGCCGUAGAUUUAGAAGCUUUAAGAUUAAAGGCCUUAGGCUUGGAAGAAAUUAACUUGUUAGCUGCAUUAGGUACGUAAUGGUAUACGUACAAUUAGAGAGCUUAAGCUGAAUUGUACGUAAUGGUAUACGUACAAUUAGAGAGCUUAAGCUUAGAGGCUUUAGUCUUAAAGGCCGUAAGCUUAGAGGCCUGCGGUUUAGAGGGGUUUGGCUUAGAAGCCUUAGGCUUAGAGGCUUUACGAUUAGAAGCUCAGACUGAAGGUUUAAUUUUGGAAUUCUCAAGCAUAUAGGGAUUAGGCUUGAAGGCCUUAGGAUGUCGGGAAAUUAUAUUUAGGCGUUUUAGGAUUAAAGGUAUGGCUAAAAGGUUAUGGCUUUUUGUUUUAGAUCAAACUUAUGUUUAGUAGGCUUAGACAUUGUAAGAUAAACGUCUGUUUGAUUUAGCCUAGCGAACAAAAGAUUAAGGUUCAAUUUAGUAAGAUUUUUACAUUUUUUUUAAAUCAUAGGACCCCUCGCAGAAAAACGAACUUAAAACCUCAGCACUCGCAGUAAUUUGUUGGGUCGUUUUACAUCGAGGCAAAUAUGACAUAAAACCAUAAAACUACGUAAGAAAACGUUGCGCAAUACAGAUUCUGACAAUUUCUCUAAGGCUAUGAAAUUAUGUCAGUAAUAUUAGGUAAUGUCGCAAAAAUAUUUUUUUUUGCUUUCUAUUGCAGGGUUGCGGUUCAUAAGUAUAUGUAUAUCUUGAACAUGCUGUGUUCUGAACCCACAAUAAUAUAACCUGUAGGUUUGAGUAUUGAAGUACGUUUAGGCUAAGUACACUUAGAUUUAGUAAGCUUUGGCUUAGUAAGCUUAGGCUUAGAGACUUUAAGCUUUGAAGUCUUGUGCUUAGACGUCUUAGGCUUAGAAGUCUUAGGUUUAAACGCUUUAAACUUAAAGGCUGAAAAGCUAUGCCGCGCCAAAAAAUUAAGCGCGGCCCGGCUUCUUUACAAGGCCUUGUGAAUUAGAGGCUUUAAGCUACGGGCAAAAUUAAAAAUUUGUACCACUAUUUUCAGAUAUCGAAAGUGAAGUCCUCCGACCACUUUGUGGCAGUUCACGAUUCACUGUCGGAGCACUAUGGCGCAUACUAUGUCUUCGCAACUACCGAGCACGACUAUCAUUCUUGCCAUUGGGCGAUGAACAAUCUCCAACUACCUCAAAAACUCCAAAUUCUGUUUACGAACAGAAGGACAAGCAACUGAGUAGCAUCAGAGAGGAAGAAGAUCUAGAGUACAGUAUAUGGAAAGACAAACUUGUGGUAGAAGAACCAGAAAUGGACGCGCCAGUACCUCAUGGUUGGAGGGUUAUUGAGGACGAGUUUAUCAACGUCUAUGCUGUGAGUUUCUGCUUUGUCCUUGCCUUGCCUUUGCCCUGCUUUUGCCCUUUUUGUGGCACGCCUUUGCCCUGUUUUUGACCUGCCUUUACCCUGCCUUUGCCCGUGCCCUUGACCCUGCCCUUGCCUUUGCCCUGUUUUUGUCCUGCCCUUUAUUUGUCCUAUUCUUGUCUUGCACUGCAAUUCAAAUAUUAUAUACUUUCAGGUUACCCGCUCUCACAUCUCAACCAACUGCUUCUUCGGUCCAGACGCCCAACUCGACCAAGCCACGAUACAUUUGUGCUACAUUUUGAAGCGUGACGUCACCUCCAAAGCCCAAAUUGCCAAAUUCUUGGCCGCAAUGGAGAAAGGAGAACACUUGACUCUCCCCUUUGCUCAUUACACUAAAGUCAAAGCCCUGAGGCUAGAGACACUGGCUCACCAGAAUCAUCGCAGUCCGAUUGUUGUGGAUGGUGAAGUAAUCCCGGAUUGCACUCAAAUCCAAUGCGUUUCAUCGACCUUGGCCAUGAGGGUGGCUACAAAAUAA